AUGGGGAGGCGUGAACGUCGAAAAUCUGAGGAAUUACCAGACGCUAGGCCGAGUACUAUGCAAUCAUUGAAAUCAUUGUCCAAGUCUCGAGACUUCAGCGACGCCACUGAAGCUGAGAUGUGGGCUUCGACGAGCAAAUUGAUCAAGAAACAAAACCUUGGUAGUACUGCUCAUUGUCGUAGAUGCAAAUGGUCAGUUCAGGCGAAUUUGGUUCGUAUUAGAAAGCAUGUGAAUAAUGUUCAUAUGCGAUUCAACAGGUUCCGUUGUAAUUACUGCUCUGAAAUGUUUGUGCAUCAAACAAAAGCAGAGAGACAUCAACGUUCGCAGCAUUUCGGUCGCAAUAUUCCAAUCAUCCGAUUGCCAUGGACUCUUGAGGAAAAGUUCGAAAUCGAAAAGACAAUGAUCGAAUGUUUUGGGUUCGUCGUCUAA